ACCAAUUCCGACGAGACAAAGAACAAGUUCUACGAGGAUCUGCACACCCUCCUGGUAACUGUGCUGAAGGCGGACAACUUGCUUGUGCUCGGUGACGUCUACGCUCGCGUGGGCACAGACCACCUUGCCUGGAGCGGAGUGCUGGGUCCCCACGGUAUCUGCGGUCUUAACGAAAAUGGCCUGCGCCUCCGUUGA